UACAAGUCAUGUAAGAAAAGAUGGUUCAAUUAAUUAUAAUCAGCACUAUUUUUUUUUUACAAAAUAUGGAGCCAUACCAAAGACAGGUUUCCAUUCCUUUAUGACAAUUGAUAUUAUGUCAUCUAUCAUUUUUGCCAAGGAUCACUUUAGAUAAAAAAGGUGCUAUACAAUUUAUGCAUAAUCAAUUUGCACCAAAUGUUUGGAAAUAUGCCAAGCCUUCUGCCAAAAUUCUAACAUUUUCCUGUCAAAAUCUCUUUCUGCCCUCACUCUUGCAUUUACCAUUAGGCUGUGUGGUUCUAAUAUUGCAAAAUAUCCUGAUUCCCACUUACUUCCAUAGCCUAAAUAGUUAAGAUAGUCCUUGACGUAUGACGAUAGGGACUAGAUUGUCUGCUACUAAGCAAGGCAGUUAAGUGAAUAACACCCAACCAUUUUGCCAUAGUUGUUAAAAUCAUUCAAUUGUUAAGUGAAUCUGGCUUCCCCCAUUGACUUGGCUUGUUAGAAGCCUGCUGGGAACGGCAAUCGCAUGACUCCAGGACCCUGCAACCAUUGUCAAUACAUGCUGGUUGCCAAGUCCCUGAAUUUUUAUUAUGUGGCUGUGGUGAUGCUGCAAUGGUCAUAAUUGCCAGGACUGGUGUGGUUAUUAGGUGGGCUUUUUCAGUCUGUUGUAAAUUGGAACAAUUGCUAAACAAAUGGUUGUUAAGUCAACAACAAUCUGUACAACUAUUGCUGUGGGGUCAAAACUCCCUUACACAAAAUGAAAAGGAUCAGAACCUAACCCCAGAAACCAAUUUGGAUAUGAGAGGUGGGUGAAAGAUCCUCAGCCUUAGAAUGAGCUUAUCCUGGAUGAACCUACUGAGCAUACACCAUAAUGAAGAGAGCUAAUAAAAUUCGUUGCUUUGUCUGCCACAGAAGUGUAUUCGUUGGAAAUCCAGAUGAAGAAAAUGCUUUCCCUGUUCUUAAAAGCAGAGACAAGACGAUAUGUUUGAAUAAUAAUGUACUGCUUAAGAAUAAAGCUGUAAAAAACAUAUGCACAACUGAAGGUAUUUGGCUGAAAAAGCUUAACACCAUAUCCAGCAACUCCUUUUCCUACUGGUUCAGCCUCUUGCGUUACACGAUCUCUCUCCAUGCAGGGUUAUGGGGGAACCACGGAACCCUCUAUAUUCCUGGCUGCAGGAUUCAUUGUCCCGUUCCUUUACUUAAACGAAUCCCUUGGGAGAGCAUAGCGCGACUACUUGUGGCUAAUGGCAUGGAAAGGUGAAGCAACGCGGGGCGGUUUCAGAAGGGGGAAGCGGACAUGCUCAGGAAGGGAAGCGACUUUUCAAGAGGAGGGGAAAUGGGCCUUCCCAGGCCGAGGAAGGAUGCUUAACGGCGAUAGCUCGGUGGCCGCCGAGGAAGCCUCCUUCCCGUCCGUAGCGACCGCCUGGGUUUCCUAUCCAGGCAGGGCCUCCCACUCCCUGGCUCCGCCUGCACCACAUGACCGCUCCGUUGCCCGCAAACUUUCUUCUUCUCCUUGUCCCGGGGCGGCCGCAACCGAGUCUGGAAAAUGGCGGCUUAGCAGCGUCGCCGCCGCGUCAAUCCCCGCCUCUCCGCCCCGGCUUUCCCCGACGGCUGGCGGGCUCGGGCUCCCCUCAGCUAUGACGCGUUGGAUACCCACCAAGCGCGAGGAGAAAUACGGCGUGGCAUUCUAUAAUUAUGAUGCCCGGGGUCCAGAUGAGCUGUCACUACAAAUAGGAGACACCAUGCACAUACUGGAAACACAUGAAGGUUGGUAUAGAGGUUAUACUUUGAGGAAAAAAUUAAAAAAAGGAAUCUUUCCUGCUUCCUAUAUACAACUUAAAGAAGCAAUAGUUGAAGGAAAAGGACAACAUGAAACAGUUAUACCAAGUGAACUACCACUUAUUCAGGAGGUUACCAGUACACUACGAGAAUGGUCCACAAUAUGGCGACAGCUUUAUAUUCAAGACAACAGAGAAAUGUUUCGUAAUGUAAGACAUAUGAUAUAUGAUCUUAUUGAAUGGCGAUCACAAAUACUGUCUGGAACACUUCCCCAAGAUGAGCUUAAAGAGCUAAAGAAGAAAGUCACAGCAAAGAUUGAUUAUGGAAACAGAAUUCUCGAUUUGGAUCUAGUUGUAAGGGAUGAAGAUGGUAACAUAUUAGAUCCAGAUCAAACCAGCACAAUUAGCCUAUUCAGAGCUCAUGAAACAACUUCCAAGCAAGUAGAAGAAAGACUGCUGGAAGAAAAAUCUCAAAAGCAGAAUCUUGACAUUAGUAGAGAAGCAAAAUUUGCUGCAACACCUUCAUUUGCAUUAUUUGUAAAUCUGAAAAAUGUUGUUUGCAAAAUUGGAGAAGAUGCUGAAGUCCUUAUGUCUUUGUAUGAUCCUUUGGAAUCCAAGUUUAUAAGUGAAAAUUAUCUGGUGAGAUGGUCAAGUUCUGGUCUACCUAAAGACAUAGAUAAAUUACAUAAUCUUCGAGCGGUCUUUACGGACCUUGGCAGCAGUAAAGACAGGAAGAGAGAGAAGAUCAGUUUUGUGUGUCAGAUUGUACGAGUUGGCAGAAUGGAACAAAGAGAGAACAACACAAGGAAACUAACUUCUGGGCUACGGCGACCUUUUGGUGUAGCAGUGAUGGAUAUAACUGACAUAAUUAAUGGGAAAGUAGAUGAUGAAGACAAGCAGCACUUCAUUCCAUUUCAACCGCUAGCAUUGGAUAACACCAUUCGACACAAGCAGUUGAACAUAUCAUCCCGUUUUUCACCCAGGGUGGCAGGGGAGAAUGAUUUCCUUCAGACUGUAAUAAACAAAGUGAUUGCUGCUAAAGAAGUUAAUCAUAAGGGUCAAGGUCUGUGGGUGACACUGAAACUUCUUCCAGGAGACAUACAUCAGAUACGAAAAGAAUUUCCUCACUUAGUUGAUAGAACCACAGCUGUGGCACGGAAAAUGGGCUUUCCAGAAAUUAUUAUGCCUGGUGAUGUCCGUAAUGAUAUUUAUGUAACAUUAGUUCAAGGAGAUUUUGACAAAGGCAGCAAAACUACAGCAAAGAAUGUAGAGGUUACAGUGUCUGUUUAUGAUGAAGAUGGGAAAAAAUUAGAGAAUGUGAUAUUUCCUGGGGCCGGAGAUGAAGCUCUUUCAGAAUAUAAAUCUGUUAUAUAUUACCAAGUAAAGCAACCCCGCUGGUUUGAAACUAUAAAGGUUGCAAUCCCCAUUGAAGAUGUAAACCGCAGUCACCUAAGGUUUACGUUCCGGCACAGAUCAUCACAGGAUUCCAAAGAUAAAUCUGAGAAAAUAUUUGCUCUGGCAUUUGUUAAAUUAAUGCGAUAUGAUGGGACAACUCUACGAGAUGGAGAACAUGAUCUUAUAGUAUAUAAGGCAGAAGCAAAGAAGCUGGAAGAUUUUUCAACAUAUUUAAGCUUGCCCUCUACUAAACUGGAAUUGGAAGAAAAAGGUCACUCCAUGGCUGGCAAGGGCAUGCAAAAUCUUGGAAGCUGUACCAUCAGUAAAGACUCAUUCCAGAUCUCUACUCUUGUCUGUUCAACAAAACUAACCCAAAAUGUGGACUUACUGGGGCUUUUGAAGUGGCGAUCCAACACAAAUAUACUGCAACAGAAUUUAAGGCAACUGAUGAAAGUUGAUGGAGGUGAAGUUGUUAAAUUCCUUCAAGAUACAUUGGAUGCAUUGUUUAACAUUAUGAUGGAGAAUUCAGAAAGCGAGACAUUUGACACAUUGGUGUUCGAUGCUUUGGUUUUUAUCAUUGGACUAAUUGCUGACAGGAAGUUCCAGCAUUUCAAUCCUGUUUUAGAAACCUACAUUAAGAAACACUUCAGUGCUACUUUGGCUUAUACAAAACUGACAAAAGUUUUAAGGACUUACGUGGAUAAUGCUGGUGUCACUGAUCAACUGUUCAAGGCUAUGAGAUCUUUGGAAUAUAUCUUCAAAUUUAUUGUGCGAUCAAGAGUUUUGUUCAAUCAAUUGUAUGAGAAUAAAGGGGAAGCUGACUUUAGGGAAUCUUUGCUUCAACUCUUUAAGUCUAUUAACGAAAUGAUGAACAGUGCCUCUGACCAGACUGUUACAGUAAAGGGAGCUGCUCUUAAAUACUUACCAACUAUUGUGAAUGAUGUAAAGCUUGUUUUUGAUCCCAAAGAACUUAGCAAACUAUUUACAGAUUUUAUACUGAAUGUUCCAAUGGGUCGUCUCACAAUUCAGAAGCUGUACUGCUUGAUUGAAAUAGUUCACAGUGAUCUUUUCACACAACAUGACUGCAGGGAGAUUCUGAUGCCAAUGAUGACGGAUCAACUCAAGUAUCAUUUGGAAAGGCAAGAAGACCUGGAUGCCUGUUGCCGAUUGCUCAGUAAUAUUCUUGAAGUUCUUUAUAGGAAAGAUGUGGGACCAACACAACGACAUGUGCAAAUAAUUAUGGAAAAACUAUUGAGGACAGUAAACAGAACCGUCAUAUCAAUGGGACGUGACUCAGAACUCAUAGGAAAUUUUGUUGCAAGCAUGACAGCUAUUUUAAGACAAAUGGAAGAUUAUCAUUAUGCUCACUUAAUCAAGACUUUGGGGAAGAUGAGAACUGAUGUUGUUGAUUUCCUUAUGGAAACAUUCAUCAUGUUCAAAAAUCUUAUUGGGAAAAAUGUCUAUCCUUCUGACUGGGUUAUAAUGAAUAUGAUGCAGAAUAAAGUCUUUUUGCGAGCAAUUAAUCAGUAUGCAGAUAUGCUAAACAAAAAAUUUCUUGAUCAAACCAGCUUUGAGCUACAGCUUUGGAACAACUAUUUUCAUCUUGCUGUUGCUUUUCUUACCCAAGAGUCAUUACAACUGGAGAAUUUUUCAAGUGCUAAAAGAUGCAAAAUACUUAACAAGUAUGGUGAUAUGAGAAGACAAAUUGGUUUUGAGAUUCGUGAUAUGUGGUAUAAUCUGGGUCAGCAUAAAAUCAAGUUCAUUCCUGAGAUGGUGGGGCCCAUGUUAGAAAUGACUUUGAUUCCGGAAACUGAACUUAGAAAAGCUACAAUUCCCAUAUUCUUUGAUAUGAUGCAGUGUGAGUUUCAUUCUACCAGAAGUUUUCAGAUGUUUGAAAAUGAGAUAAUCACAAAACUGGAUCAUGAAGUAGAAGGUGGAAGAGGAGAUGAACAAUAUAAAGUGUUAUUUGACAAAAUUCUUUUAGAACACUGCAGAAAACAUAAGUACCUUGCCAAAAGUGGUGAAACUUUUGUUAAACUUGUGGUAUGGCUGAUGGAGAGACUUCUAGAUUACAGAACUAUUAUGCAUGAUGAAAACAAGGAAAACCGCAUGAGCUGUACAGUCAAUGUUCUGAAUUUCUACAAAGAGAUUGAAAGAGAAGAAAUGUACAUAAGGUAUUUGUACAAACUUUGUGACCUGCACAAAGAAUGUGACAACUACACUGAAGCUGCCUACACAUUACUUCUUCAUGCAAAACUUCUUAAGUGGUCUGAAGAACCAUGUGCAGCGCAUCUUACCCAACGAGAUGGCUACCAGGCAGCAACGCAAGGACAACUCAAAGAUCAGCUCUAUCAAGAAAUUAUCCAUUAUUUUGACAAGGGCAAGAUGUGGGAAGAAGCCAUUGUCUUGGGCAAAGAGCUUUCAGAACAAUAUGAAAAUGAAAUGUUUGAUUACGAACAACUUAGUGAAGUACUGAAAAAACAAGCACAGUUCUAUGAAAAUAUUGUGAAAGUAAUAAGACCUAAACCAGAUUACUUUGCAGUUGGAUAUUAUGGACAAGGGUUUCCGACAUUUUUACGGAACAAAGUUUUUAUUUAUCGAGGAAAAGAAUAUGAACGCCGUGAAGAUUUUGAAGCAAGAUUAUUAACACAGUUUCCUAAUGCAGAAAAAAUGAAGACUACAUCCCCUCCUGGUGAAGAUAUCAAAAAUUCUCCUGGCCAAUAUAUCCAGUGCUUUACAGUAAAGCCAAAACUGGACUUACCAUCAAAAUUUCACAAGCCUGUAUCAGAGCAAAUUUUAAGUUUCUACAGGGUAAAUGAGGUUCAGCGGUUUGAAUAUUCAAGACCCAUUCGAAAAGGAGAGAAAAAUCCAGACAAUGAAUUUGCGAAUAUGUGGAUUGAGAGAACUAUUUAUGUGACAGCGUAUAAACUACCUGGUAUUUUAAGAUGGUUUGAAGUCAAAUCAGUAUUUAUGAUUGAAAUCAGUCCACUUGAAAAUGCAAUUGAAACUAUGCAGUUAGCAAACGAUAAAAUUAACAAUAUGGUUCAGCAACAUUUGAAUGAUCCAAAUUUACCUAUUAACCCUCUGUCGAUGCUGCUAAAUGGCAUUGUGGACCCUGCUGUCAUGGGAGGCUUCACCAAUUACGAAAAGGCUUUUUUUAAUGAGAAAUACAUAUAUGAACACCCAGAAGACCAUGAAAAAAUUGAAAAGCUAAAGGAUCUGAUUGCAUGGCAGAUCCCUUUCCUGACAGAAGGUAUCCGAAUUCAUGGGAAUAAAGUCACAGAAGCACUAAGGCCAUUUCAUGAGAGGAUGGAAGCCUGUUUUAAACAACUGAAAGAAAAAGUUGAAAAACAAUAUGGAAUCAGAAGUCUUCCCUCAUCAGUAGAUGACAGACAAGGUAGUCGGCCAAGGUCUAUGGUUCGAUCAUUCACAAUGCCAUCCUCCUCAAGGCCAUUAUCUGUUGCUUCAAUUUCUUCAAUCUCGUCUGACAGUGCUCCUUCUAGACCUGGCUCAGAUGGGUUUGUGCUUGAGCCCCUUCUGCCAAAAAAGAUGCAUUCUCGAUCACAAGAUAAGUUGGAUAAAGAUGACUCAGAUAAAGAUAAGAAAGAAAAGAAGAAAGAAAAGAGAAACAGCAAGCAUCAAGAAAUAUUUGAGAAAGAAUUGAAAUCAACUGAUAUUUCUCUGCAGCAGUCUGAAGCAGUGAUACUUUCAGAAACUAUCAGCCCAUUGAGACCACAAAGACCAAAGAGCCAAGUUAUUAAUGUUAUGGGAAGUGAAAAACGGUUAUCUGUUUCCCCAUUGCCACCUCCUCAAAGUAUUCCUCCACCAAUCACUCCAAGAACCAAGCUUUCUUUCAGCUUACAGCCCAAUUCUGAACUAAAUGGCAUGAAUAAUUUGGAAAUGAUGGACAUUCCUCCACCAUUACCUCUGAAAGGUAGCAUGGCAGACUACGGAAAUGUCAUGGAGAGCCAUGAAUCUAUUAGCCCUGCCACUUCCCCCCCUGUACCUCAAAGGCAACUGCCGCCUCCUUUGCCAAGCAAAACACCACCACCGCCACCUCCAAAGACCACUCGGAAACAAGCCUCUGUCGAUUCUGGGAUUGUCCAGUGAGAAAGAAGAGAUACCUUGAAAGAUUAAGUUGUAAAAUUUCUGUCUCUUAAAUAUGUUUAAAAUGUUUGCAAUAUUAUAUAUAUCAACCCAAAUCAACAAUAUGAAACCUUAGUUGCAAUGAUUCUCACAUUCCAACAGUUACUGAUAUCUCUAAGUAUGGUUACAAAAUUAUUCAGCUGAAUGCAUUCCAAAGCAACCAGGAGCUGUUUUUGAACUGUGGUUCUGAAUGGGUUCUAAGAACAAUCAAAAUAUCAUUAAGAGAUUGCAUUUGUGUCUUUAUCUUUGCAUUUGCAUAUGUAAGCCUUAUGAAAAUAAUUGCCCUAAUGCCUGCAAUGUAGUUUAGUAUUAUAGCUGUAUAAUCUUUUACAUUAAAGUGUUAGGAAAACCACUUAUCAUGCUCUAGGCUUACAUUAGAGUUGGUCUCUCAUGCAUUGAUUGGUCCUUAUUCAAUAAAUUAUCAGCUAGUUUUUGCUUAUAUGUUAGUGCAGAAUAUAUUUUAGGUUCCUGGGUCAGCAUUAACUUAUAGGGAAUAAUAUCUUAUCUACAAAUGUAGAAGUCUAAAAAUAUAUAGGGAUAAAAAUGAUGCUUUUGGAACAUACAAAACCAAUCUUACCUUUUGUAUUUGAUUCACAAUUGUGUCACUAUGUACAGACAUUUUAUAUAUAUAUUAUGGUCUUACAGUGUCUUUAGAUUCACUCAUUCCUUUUCAGUAAUAAGCGUAUAGUUUAUCUUCAAAUGUGUUGUGUUUUAAUUAUUGAUAACUGUUAAAAUAUGUAACAAGUCUAACAGAGUAAUUAAGCUCUGAAAUAUUAUGAAGAGUCAGAAAAGAAUCUUUUUAAAAAUGCCUCUAUAACUUUUUAAAAUCAUCUGCAGAUUUUAUAAUCUUAACCGUUUUUUUAUAUAUUUCUCUGUCAAAUAAAGAAAUCCUUUUAAAGUAUUUUCCUUUUCUAAGAAAAUAAAAAUGCUGGUUACUUUA